AUGGACAACUCGACUUCAACCAUGUGCUCCCCAGCCGCCGACGAUUCUUUCGGCCCAAUCAUCCAGGACUGCCGCGACGGCUUCGACUUCACUCUUACUUUUGAACAAUGCCUCUUCACUAUUCUCCCUGCCUCGCUGCUGCUUCUUGUCGCCCCUCUUCGUCUCUUUCAACUCGGGAAGCUUCCUCGCGCUGUCUCUGGAAACAUUCUUCGUCUAUGCAAGAUCGCCGCCAUCGGCGUCCUUGCCGUCUUGCAACUCACCCUGAUCGCACUCUGGGCGAUCCAUCGCGACGAAGGGCGUUUGCGCACCGUGUCUAUCGCGGCGUCUUGCGUGUCUUUCGCCGCCAGUCUGGUGUUUGGUGGUCUCUCGUACAUAGAACACUCGAAGAGCCUUAAGCCUUCGUCCAUCUUGAAUACAUACAUACUUGUCUCUCUGGUGCUGGAUGGAGCGAUCCUCCGCACCAUAUGGCUGUCGCACUUAAGCGCUGCCAUCAGCGCCGUCUUCACCGCCUCGUUUGCGUUGAAGACGGCCAUCGUGAUUCUCGAAGCCCAGGGGAAGACGAGGUAUCUUGUCGAUUCAGACGGUCGGUCGCUGAGCCCCGAGGAGACCAGUGGCAUUUACAGCCGCGGUCUCUUCUGGUGGCUCACGCCGCUGCUGAUGACUGGGUUCCGUCGUCUCCUGAAGCCGCUUGACUUGUUCACACUGGAUGAGUCCAUGUCGGCUGCGGUGCUGAGCGAGCGCUUCUGGAAGCAUUGGAACGAGUCAUCGCCGGCGUCGCAUGGCACUACGAACGAUUCACCUCGCCCGCACAGCUAUCCGCUCGUCUGGGCUUGCAUCAAGACGCUGAAGUGGCAGUUGUUGGCCGUUGUCCCUGUGAGGCUUUGUCUCCUGGGCUUCACCAUAUGCCAGCCUCUGGUCUUGAAUCGUUUCCUUGACUUCCUGCAAGACCCUUCCGAGGAUGUCAAUCAUGGCUAUGGUCUUAUUGGGUCAUACGGCCUCGUUUACCUUGGCAUCUCCAUCACGUCAAGCUUCUACUGGCACAAAGCCUUUCGCUCCUUGACUAUGCUCAGGGGCGUGUUGGUCGCCGCCGUCUACUCCAAGACGACGGAGCUCAGGAGUGCUUCCAGCGACGAUUCCGCAGCCGUUACUCUUAUGUCGACAGAUGUUGACGCCAUCAUCCGCGCCUGGCGGGAGAUACAUGAGUUUUGGGCCAACAUCAUCCAGUUCGCCCUUGCAACCUGGAUCCUCAGCAAUCACAUCGGCUACGCAGCCGCGGGCCCCAUCAUUGUGUCGGUUUUUGCUUUAAUAGUUACUUUCUUAUUCGCUCCUGCAACACAAAAGUAUCAAGUUGCGUGGAUAGAAAAGGUGCAAAAACGCAUCGGGAUUACUUCGGCAAUGAUGGGACAUGUCAAGAGCAUCAAGAUGUCCGGCCUUACCCAGAAGCUCUCUCAAACGAUUGCGGAUCUCAGAAUUUCGGAAAUGAAGGCCGCCACUCCGUUCCGCGUGAUUGCUGCAAUCACGUCGGCCGUGGCUCAGAUUCCCCUCAUGAUUUCCCCCGUGGUUGCUUUCGCAAUGUAUAUGGCCAUCAUCUCUAAGUCUGGAGAGACGCUCGAUGCAACCAAGCUGUUUGCUGCCCUCUCUCUGGUCAUUCUGUUGGCAAGCCCCCUGUUCUUCAUGUUUGAGACGGUCCUGGACUUGAGCGCGGCUCUUGGGUGUUUCCACCGCAUUGAGAACUACCUAUGCCGGCCGCCACGAAACGAUUACCGUUCAUUUCCAUCAAGCCCCUCUAUCAAAUCGUCUCACAAUGGGAAUGGUAGCUCUCAUGGGGAGAACAUCGAAGUCCGAGCUAAAGACGUAUCGUUUCGGUGGAAACAAGAGUCUGUCCCUGUUGUUUAUGGACUCAACUUCGGCGUCGGGGCCGGAGAGCUUGCCAUGGUCGUGGGAUCAGUGGCAGCUGGCAAGACUACAUUGUUGAAAGGUCUUCUCGGAGAGGUUCCUUACGUUGAUGGACUCGUUUCGUUGUCCAGCAGCAAGAUCUCAUGGUGCGAGCAAAGCCCGUGGCUAAUCAAUGAGACGAUUCGAAAGAACAUUACCUGCUUCUCAGAAUUCGACGAAAGCCUCUACCGACAAGUUUUGACCGCUUGCGAUCUUGAAAAGGAUCUUGCCAUAUUCCCGGAAGGCGAUCGUACGCUCAUCGGUAGCAAAGGUCUUGCUUUGAGUGGAGGCCAGAAGCAACGUAUCGCGCUUGCAAGGGCAGUCUACUCCAGGCCCCGGAUUGCACUCUUCGACGAUGUCUUCAGUGGCCUUGACAAUCACACAGCCAAGACAGUGUUCCGCAGACUUUUCAACCUGAAGGAAGGAAUCCUGCGGGCUUGGGGAACUACAGUCGUUCUUGCAACACAAUCAGAGUGCCUAGAGUCGGACGGUUACGUCAAAAGCCUUGCAACUCUCGAGGCCGGCAGCGGUGAUGAGGUCACUUCAAGCGAACCUCCCAUCGACACAUCCAGUAAUACGACCGGGAAAGAAGCCGCCAAAACCGCUGCCGAAACGGAAGAUAAGCGACGUCAGCUUGGAGACUGGAGCGUCUACAAUUACUACUUUGGAAGUGUUGGCGCCAUACUGGUGGCAGUCAUGCUUCUCCUCCAGAUGUCUUGGGCUUUCUUCUCGACUUUCCCGACGGUCUGGCUCAAGUUUUGGACCGACCAUAAUGUCGACAAUGCCGCCUCGGACUCGGCGUACUACCUCGGUGUCUAUGCUGCUUUGCAGGUCAGCGGCGUUGUUUGUUUCGCAAUUCUCAUCUGUGCCCCACUGGCCCUCUUCACAAGUACUGACAUCGGUUCCAUUACAACUCGGUUCUCCCAAGAUAUCGGCCUAGUCGACCGCAACUUGCCCCUGGCCCUGGUUGUAUCCCUCGCUAGCUUCUUCACCUGCAUAGGCAAGGCAUUCCUGAUUGCCUCCGCCUCUUGGUACAUCGCCAUCAGCUUCCCGGUCUUGAUACUCGUCUUCUACUUCAUCCAGAGGGCGUAUCUCCGUACCUCCCGCCAGCUCCGCUUCUUGGAUCUGGAGGAGAAAGCCCCGGUGUACACCCACUUCCUCGAGGCGCUUUCUGGGCUCCCCACCAUCCGCGCACACGCCGCGACGACACCCUCCAUAGCCCACUCCCACACCCUCAUCGACCGCUCGCAACGCCCCUUUUACAUCCUUCUUCUCACCCAGCAAUGGCUGACCCUCGUGCUCGACCUAACCACAACCGCACUAGCCCUGCUCGUGGUCGGCCUCGCAGUCCGCCUCCGUGAUACCGUCUCCGUAGGCCUGACGGGAGUCUCUCUAGUCCAGCUGAUCUCCUUUACCGAGACCCUCAAGAUGCUGAUCCAGUUCUGGACGUCUCUGGAGACAUCCAUCGGUGCUGUCGCGCGGAUCAAGAACUUUGCCGACGAUACUCCUGACGAGAUCGAGGAUGAUUUGCUCAAAAGGCAGCUCCUCUGCUCUGAAGGCCGACAAGGAGUAUCGGCGACGUUGCUUCCAGGAUGGCCUGACAAAGGGUGCAUUGAACUACGGGACAUCUCGGCUUCAUAUGCGUCCAGCGCCAAUGAUUGUGAUGAGAAAUCAGUGCCCAAGGCCCUAGACGGUAUCAGCAUCUCUAUUCGUGCGGGUGAGAAGAUUGGCAUCGUCGGACGCACUGGAAGUGGCAAAUCCUCGCUCCUCCUCGCCUUACUCCGUCUCCUGCCUCUAUCGUCGGGUUCAAUCCACAUUGAUGGCCUGUCUCUGGACAGACUCCCUCUUCUGGAACUCAGAUCGGCUCUGAUCGCAAUCACUCAGGACCAGUUCGUUCUCCCGGGAACAGUCCGCCAAAACAUCGACCCGUUUGCCGCGGCCUCUGACGAGAGCAUCACUUCCACACUGACACGUCUCGGUCUUUGGGAUGCCAUCCAGGAGAAAGGUGGCCUGGAUGCAGAAUUUGCCGAGGAGGCACUCAGUCACGGGCAGAGACAGCUCUUCUUCCUGGCGCGGGCUGUCUUGCGUCGCGAAGUAGGCAAAAUCGUUCUCUUGGACGAAGCAACGAGCAGCGUCGAUUCCCACACCGAGCGUAUGGUCAAGGACCUUAUUCGCGAGGAGUUCAAAGAACACACCGUCAUCGCGAUCGCGCAUCGCCUAGAAACUGUUGCUGACUUUGACCGAGUCGUAGUGCUUGACAAGGGACAUAUCGUAGAAGUCGGUGAGCCGCAGUCCCUCCUGCUUGAGAAGGGUGGAAAGUUCAAGGAGCUGUGGGAUGCGAGCAGGCAGAACCGGGUCUCUUGA